AUGUCUAGCUUUGACCAGGCGCUGCUGUACGUGGAGGACGCGUGGUUCAACAAGCUCACGUCGUCGCAGGUGCUCGUCGACGUGGUGCACCUCUCGCGGUGGGGCCACCUGCUCACCGCCUUCUUCUGCGUUGCCGUGCUGCACGCGGAGGGAGAGGCGCUCUGGCGACACAGUGCCGCGCAGAGAGAGGCGCGCUGGCGGGCCAGCCUCGCGCUGCCUCCGCUCGACCCGCUGGUGCUCGAGCGCAUGACGACUCCCCUCGCGCUGAUCGACUUUACAAACUCGCGAGGCGCGGGCAUGGAGGCCGUCGUGCACGCCGAGGGGUGGGAGUGGCUGGCCCAGCACAAGCGCGGGGAUGGGGCGUACAUCUUCGACAAGGUGAAGCGAGGCGCGUCAAUAUACAGCACGGGCGCGCACAAGGGCGGCGCCAACUUCGUCGCCAACGUGACGGUGGAGACGGGCUCGCUCACCGUUGGGUACUUGCGCAGCUACAGCGGCGCCGCCUCGGCCUCAAAGGGUAGUGAUUCGGGCGCCACCUUCCACCGCAAGUGGGCACACAACGUGUCUGUCCACAGCUCGAGCGUGCUGCGGUUGCGCCUACCCGCUUCGGGGGUGACUUCGGGGGCACCGGCCGCGGUGCUCAUCCGAUUCACGCUCAUCGAGGGGAAUGAUGUGCCCUUCACGCUGUAUUCGGUUCAGUCGUGUUGA